GGGAAUUUUAGUGCUUACGAUGGGUUUUUUCUAAAACGAUGCUACGACGCCUUGCGGUGGAGAUACGAGAUUCAUAGAAUAAAACAGAAAGGAUAGUUAUUUUUUUAUCAUACAUUUAAAAUUAAGAAGUUCAAGUACUAAAAGAUAAUGGCAAACGUAGAAAUUGACAUCGUAGGUGAUAUGCAAAUACCACAACAAAAACAAAAAUCUAGCACUGGGUUUGAAUUCUUACAGAUACCACAACUCCCACUCAAUAACAUAGGAUAUCCUCAAGCUCAUGAAUGGAUUGAACACAGAAAAGCAAAUAUUAGAUCAUGGUCUUUGUUUCUUAAUACAAGCAAUAUAAGACCUGCUCCUAGUUUACCAAGAUUGAGUAAAAGAAUUGUUAGAAAUAUUGAAUAUUUCCAAAGCAAUUAUUUAUUUGUAUUUGUUGGAUUAGUUAUAUAUUGCUUAAUUACAUCACCAUUGUUGCUAUUCGCUGUUGUUGCAUCUCUUGGCACUUGUUACAAAGUUUCACAGCGUCAUGCUAAACAGGAACUUAUGAUAUUCAAUCAUAAAUUAACAUUAGCUCAAGUUUAUACUUUAGUAGGAAUUUGUUCAUUACCAAUUUUUUAUUUGGUUGGUGCUGGUGCAGCUCUAUUUUGGGUUCUUGGUGUAUCAUGGUUUUUAAUAACUUUACAUGCAGCAUUCUAUAAUAUAGAUUCUGUAUUAUGUCCAGGAGAAGAUGAACUCAAUUCUUUAGUUAUGCAAGAAGUAUGAUCUGUAUUGUAAAAGAUUUAUGUAUAAUAAAAAACAAAAAAACAAAUUUUAUAUAAUAUGUAAAUAAUAUAAAAUAUUACAUAUU